AAUUAUCGUUGCCUUCCAACUAAUGACUUUAUUGACAAUUAUUUUCUAACCUGAUUUUCAUAGGAGCUUCCAGAUAAUUCUUCAAGAUUCUGUGUUCUAAGAGCGCUCUAGAGAUGGAGAUUCCGGACACUAACAGACCAGGCACAAUGAUGAAACACCAGUCAUAUUAUCAUUGGUCUAGUUUCCCUCCAUAUGAAGAGCAUGGGACUGAACGACUCCCUACGGCCCACAGGGCAGGAUUGAUGAUGAAACCUCAGUCAUAUUAUCAUUGGCGCAGUUUCCCUUCAUAUGGAGAGCCUGACUGGACUGAGCAACUCCCUACAACCAACAUAUUGCAGUAUAAGGAGUCAAUCAGAUGGAAAAAUGAGCAUAGGAAUGAGAGCAGUUUCCUCUCUGGUAAAAGAGUUUCACUGGCUGCCCUGUACACUGAACCUGUGAUUAUUCAGAAAAAUAAAAAAGGCAGUUUUCAGAAUAUCAGUGUGGAGGAGUUGUUUAAUAAGUCAGACAUACAUCUGUAUUAUCCGGCAACUGUCAUUCUUCAAGGAAAUUCUGGUAGUGGAAAAUCUUUCAUAGCACAAAAGAUUAUGUUGGACUGGGCAUCUGAAAAAUGUUACCUUAAAGACUUUGAUCUAGCUUUCUACCUGAGGUGUGACGAGCUGAAGUGUAUUUCAGAGGAGAUGAGCUUGAUUGAGCUCCUGAGCUGGAAUUGUAGUUUAACAUCAGGUCAGAUCUCAAGGAUGUUACAGAACUCAGCACAAAGAGUGCUCUUUAUCAUAGAUGGACUUGAUAAGCUUAAAUUCAUGCAUCAUGAACGUUGCAUAUCAUCCAAAUUCCAGAGAGCCCCACCUGAGGUUAUUGUUUGCUCCAUUCUUAGUAAACAAAUCCUGCCCAGAUCUGUCCGUCUGAUCACUACUAGAACUGAUAUUCCACAGGGAAUGUUAUUCAAAGGACCUCAGCGUUUGACUGAGAUUAUGGGUUUCUCUGAGAAGGGGGUGGAGGAGUACUUCCAGAAGUUCUUCCAGAAUGAGGAACUCUUCAGGAAAGCAUAUGCAUGUGUGAGAUCAAAUGAAACACUCAUCACCACCUGCUCCACCCCUGUCAUCUGCUGGAUCAUCUGCAUCGUUAUGCGAGAGAGGUUCAGUGAUUGUGCAGAUGUGACGAGUGGAUUGGACACCACCACCUCCAUCUACGUUGACUUUGUGUCCACUCUACUGGAGCAUCACUGCCAGGGUUUGAGUCAGUCUGUGCCAGAGAUGUUAAGGAGUCUAGGUCAGCUGGCAGAGAGAGGGAUGCUGGAAGACCAAGUUCUGUUUGAUGAGAAAACUGUCUAUGACACAAUUUCAGACCCUGUUGGGAAUUCAUUCCUGUGCAAGUUCCUCUCAAAGAAAAGAAUCCGCAAGGAGACAAUGUUUAGUUUCACGCAUCUCAGCUUUCAGGAGUUCUUCACCGCUCUCUACUAUGUCCUUCUGGAUGAAGAAGAGUCUCAAAGGAAGGUGAAAGUGCUGCUUCACAAUGUAGAGAGAGGAUGGGCUGUGACCUGUUGGUCUGAUAGAGACUUUUCAAAGGCAGAUGUAGAAGUAAGACACGCAAAGCUGCUGCAGCCUGUGAUUUUGUUCCUUUGUGGUCUGUGUAAGAAAGAAUGGAUCUCCUCAUUUUUUGAAAAGCAUAACAUGACCCUUUCAAUCAAUAUAGAAGCCCAGCUUAAGGAAUGGAUCAAUCAGUGUUUACAAAGAUAUCAAAAUGAACACCUGCUGUUCAUUCUCCAUUGUCUCUAUGAGCUCCAUGAGAAGAGCUUUGUUGGGAAAGUUUUGGAACAUUUGGUUUUGAUACAUCUGUCUAAUACGGCUCUGAAAAGAACAGACUGUUGGGUGCUGAGGUACUGUUUAAUGUGCUUUGAACAUGUCAGAAACGUUAAACUCCAUGCAACAUCUGAUAAUCCAAAGAUGCUCCAGCCUGACCUGCUGUGCUUAGGGAAAACGGUAUUGAUUCAGCCAGCCGAGAAGAGAUUCACAGAGGAGCUGAAGACGAAGAGAGAAAACAUUGGAAAGAGUUCAGAUUCUUCAGCUUGUCAAGAUUCUUUGUGCUUUCCUGAUAAUUCUUUAAUUGCACAUAAAGAUGAAUCAUCUUCUGCACAAUCAUCCUCAGAAGAUGCUGAAGUGUUCACACCUAAACAUGUUCAGGGAGAUGAUAAGGACAAACGCAAGAAUAAAUACAGGCAUUGGACACUGAAUUACACUUUGUCCUCCAGGUUUGUGUGUGCACAUGCUGGUCAGUUUCAGUGCAGUCUGACCAGUCUUGUGUUUGUGAUGGAGGGUGAAGGAGAGGUGCUGUAUAGAGUUGUCUCAUGGGAUCCUCGUCUGUUAGAUGGUUUGGGUCAGAUGCAGCCUGCAGGACCCUUGUACAACAUUGACUGUUUUAAUGGUACAAUCUCAGGACUGCACCUUCCACACUGUGAAAUAAUCUCUGAGGAAAACAAAGACAGUUUGACUAUAGCACGUUUCACUGGCGGUAAUGUAGAAAUAAUGAAGCCUUUUAAAGUAAGUGAAACUCAUGUGAUGAUAGACAUCAGAGAUCUCUCACACUUUGGGCUCUUAAAAAAGAUGAUCUUUCAUCCUUCCCCUGUCAUUGCCCAAGUGCUUCUCUUUCUGCGACCAAUAACUGCGAGGCAAAGAGAAAACAUACUGGAUGUCCAUUUGCUCCCGUGGAAUGUUCCACUGUCAAAGGUGAAGGACCAGCACAUGGAGAAUAUACAGAUCAAAACCAGUUCAAAGUGUUCGCUUACUCCGGAAUCAGAAUACAGUCUGUGUUGUCAUCCAGAAGGAUCCACAGUGCAGCCAGAGACUGAGACAUUUGAGUGUAAUUAUGGUCCAAACUAUCAUCCCACAUAUGAAGUGUUUGUGGAUGUGAACAUUAAGGAAAUCAGACUGAGUCUUUUGGAUAAAACAGGAAGGGAAGUGUGGGAACCACGGCGAAUCCCUCUUACAGGCCAAGAUAUAGAACCUAUUCACAGAAGGCUCACAGAAUGUGAAUUUGUGAAAAAACAUAGAGACAAACUCAUUCAGAGAGUUUCAUCAGUGAUGACAGUUGCUGAUGGUCUGAGGGCCAAAGACAUGAUUCCAGAUGAAAUGUAUAAUAAAGUUCAUGCUGCAGAACCACGACAGGAGAAAACGAGACUCUUGUUGGAUGCUCUUGACUCUGGAGGAGCUGCUGUAAAAGCAGAAUUCUGCAGACUGCUGAAGGAGAAUGAGCAUUAUCUAGUAGAUGAACUGGAGCCUGGACCCAGUAGACCACAGUAAUGCUGUAACAUUAGAAAGGAACUUCAGUCAUUUUGAGAUGUAAACGGCAGCUACAGCUUUUAUAUACAUGUAUAUAGAGGGAUCAAGUUGCUUGUAUUUUCUAAUUCCUAAUUCACAAAAAUAUUUCACUAUAAAAUAUAUUACUGGCAUGAACUCCGUAUUUAUUCUAAUCACUCAUUUAUUUGUCUAUUGUUUGUGUCUUUUCAUAUAUUUAUUCUAAUCACUUGUUUAUUUCUGUUAUCUGUGUCUUGUCACUUGUGAUCCUGUCUGUGCACUGGAAGCUUCUGUCACCAAGACAAAUUCCUUGUGUGUAUAAGCACACUUGGCAAUAAAACUCUUUCUGAUUCUGAUAAGUUUGUGUAAAAACCUGAAGAUUGUGUUCUCCAGCAUGAUUUGAGAAUGAUCCAAAGAGCAUGUGGCACAGAUGUAAUACUUUGUAAAAAUCUAAAUAUUGAGAAAUUCGGCUUUAAAGUUGACCAAAUUAAGUUCUUAAUAAUGCAUAUUAUUAAUCAAAAAUUAAGUUUUGAUAUAUUUACAGUAGGAAUUUUACAAAAUAUCUUCAUGGAACAUGAUCUUUACUUAAUAUCCUAAUGAUUUUUGGCAUAAAAGAAAAAUCUAUAAUUUUGACCCAUACAAUGUAUUUUUUGGCUAUUGCUAAUAUACCCCAGCGACUUAAGACUGGUUAUGUGGUCCAGGGUCACAUAUGUAUUCCCAUGUUGAUUCCACUGAUGGUGGGACAGUGAAUACCUGACUAAUCUAAUGAAUAUAUAUAUAUAUGAAAAUUAAAAUAUGAAAAUAAUUUCAUUUUCAAAUGAAAAUACUGAGUUGAGCCAAAAACGUAACUGUUUCAAGUCAGUUUAGCACAAUG